CGCGCGGCAGACGUAGCGCGUGGGGGGCGGGGCGGCGGCCAGGGGAGGGGAGGUGGGCAAGAUGGCGCCCGGCGAGUGAUUCAGCCUAGUUACGUCCAGCGGCCGCUGAGACUUCGGGGCGGGGGGUUCUGCCCCCACUGCCGCCCUUCCUCCUCUCCCCCGCCCCCGGAGACCCCCUGUUACCCUUCCUCCCUCUACCUCGGGGUGGGGGUGGGGGAGCGGGCCUGUUUCCCCGGACACCAUGUCGGACUCUGAGGAGGAGAGCCAGGACCGCCAACUGAAAAUCGUCGUGCUGGGGGACGGCACCUCCGGGAAGACCUCCUUAGCUACGUGUUUUGCUCAAGAAACUUUUGGGAAACAGUACAAACAAACUAUAGGACUGGAUUUCUUUUUGAGAAGGAUAACAUUGCCAGGGAACUUGAAUGUUACUCUCCAAGUUUGGGAUAUAGGAGGACAGACAAUAGGAGGCAAGAUGUUGGAUAAAUAUAUCUAUGGAGCACAGGGAAUCCUCUUGGUAUAUGAUAUUACAAAUUAUCAAAGCUUUGAGAAUUUAGAAGACUGGUAUUCUGUGGUGAAGAAAGUGAGCGAGGAGUCAGAAACUCAGCCACUGGUUGCCUUGGUGGGCAAUAAAAUUGAUUUGGAACAUAUGCGAACAGUAAAACCUGAAAAACACUUACGGUUUUGCCAGGAAAAUGGUUUUAGUAGCCACUUUGUCUCAGCAAAGACAGGAGACUCUGUCUUCCUGUGUUUUCAGAAAGUUGCUGCUGAAAUCCUUGGAAUCAAAUUAAACAAAGCAGAAAUAGAACAGUCACAGAGGGUGGUGAAGGCAGAUAUUGUAAACUACAACCAGGAACCUCUGUCAAGAACUGUUAACCCUCCCAGGAGCUCUAUGUGUGCAGUUCAGUGAGCGCACUGUACCUUUGUACCAGUAGUCCUGGCGGCCCUUCCCCACUGUGUGGCCUGGGGCCUCUAGAAGCUCUGUUAUCAGUGGCCAUCUCUGUAGCAUUCUGUUAACACUUUCCUUCCAGCUCCCUUGCCUCCUCGGCCUGGACAGGAUUCAACUUUGGGAUGACACGCUUGGAAUCCAAAAUGGAAAGCCCCUUCUCUGGAAUUAGACUGCUUCACUGAAAAAGAAUAAUGUUGGUUGUCUUUACGUUCUCCCUUCUUUUUUCUCCAAUGUAAACCUUUUUAGACAAAUAUGAAAACUAUACAAGUCUUGAUCACCUGCCAGGAUUUUGGCACAAAAUCAUUCUCUCAUCUGAACUCCUACCUGGCAAAUGUGCUUCUGAGUGCAAACAUUUAAAUAAGUAAUAUAUUUUAUCUAUAGAUACUUCAGAAGGCAUUCUUUUGCUGUCUGUUGUGAGUAAAAAUAUAUAAAGUUGUAUCUAACUGAAAAUGCUUGAAAUAAAGUUGUAAUAGAUCUAUUUUUUUCAUUUUUUAAAAAAGAGCCUAAAUUGUUUAUAUUGCAGUUGUAGCUCACAAAGUAGUGAGUAUUUGCUGUUGUAUUUUUAUUACUGUGUCACGGUCAUUAUGUAUUGUGUAACACUCAGGUUAGAUGGCUUUCUGAGGUUUGAUAAGUGUUCAGCUGAUGUCUCCUCCAAACUGCAGAAGAGCGUUCUCAGACGAGUCACUGCUGGUGUUGGAUCAUUGUGGUCAGACUGUACCCGAUGUUCAGAUGUUCUUCUCCUGCAAAUAAACUUAUUUCAGUUACUUU